AUUUUGAACAAUUUCUUCGUGAGCUCAUGUAAUGCUUCCAUGAGAGUAUGGGAUCAAUGUAUUGUUGAUAUCGCUCGUCCACCCGUAACCGGUACUACAGAAGAUUCGUAUCAUGCGUUCUGGGACGCGCUCAUUAUUAAACCAAUGCUUAUUGGAUGCCCGGAGGCAGUCUACAACCGAAACACCUCAAAAUAUAAAUCUACAGGGUUAUGUCGACCUGACACCUCGUGUUUAAUAUCAGGCGCCUGUCUCGUAAGAGGGGAGGAGAAAGGCCCAGAAAAUUCCGAAGAUCCAGCAAAGGAGCUAACCUCAAAAAUGAAAUGGACGUAUGGUGAUUGCCCUUAUAUCUUCGGAUACUAUGCAAUUGCCACUAAAGUUACAUAUUGCUAUUUGCAGGAACAUUGGCCGACUAUAUUACCUUUACUCAGGCAAAAUAUACCAGAAUCAUUUCAAGAAGAAUUCGAUGUACUCUACCGAUCUAGAUCGAGUAAAGUGAUUCAAUUAAAACAUGAUAGUGUCGUAAAAUAUUACUCCACACCGGAUCUUGUUUUAAAUAUUGUGGAACUUUAUCAUGAAAUGGCGGAACACGCAGUUCCAUAUAUUGAUUCCGUUUUGCAACACAACGUGACCGAAGGAACCAUUCCGUAUAUUAUUUUUACACCAAGGGGCGUACUAUAUAAACCACGAACGAUUAAUGAAUUAAUUAAGGCUAUAUACUGUGUUUUGACCGCAAUUAAGGUAUCUAUCAUAAUCUAUUAUCCUUUUACCCCAGAGAUUUUGUUAACAAAAAUUAUACAUUCACAGUCUCUUCACAAAAUGAAUAUCAUGCACCGUGACCUCCGCUGGGAAAACGUGAUGAAAUAUAUCGAUAGCGAGAAGUGGUUUAUAAUUGAUUUUGAAGACGCGUGUAAAUUUCCUUCACGUGUUCCAAAUACGCAAUUGGCUAAAGAGAGUCAUGCACCCGAGGUUUCUCAAAGUUAUCAUGAUGACAGUGUCGAUGUUUGGUCUGUAGGGUACUUGAUUCAGACAGCUUCGGUAAAACUUGGAGAACCUGACAAAUUAAAAGAUUACGUAGUAACUCAAUUAAUGGCGAAUGACGAAUAUGAUAGACCAACAUCUGGAGAAGCACUAGAAUGGCUCUGGAAAAAUUAUAAAGAAAUUCUUAGUGAGGAUUUUUUAGAACCGACUAAAAUCUUUUGA